GAAAGAGAGAAAGUUUUCUGCAAAUUUAUUAUUAUUGCACAGUUUUUGUGACUUUUACAAAAAGUUGUGUGUAUAUGUUCAAUUUUUUAAAGAUUUUUUCUAACAUGAGUGACAGUGACUUAUCGAAAUGACGCUUUUAAUACUGAUUUUAAUUUAACUAAAAGCUAGUUAUAAACAUUUAAACCAUUUUUGGUAUUAAUAACUACGUUUUACAAUGGGGAUUAUUUAUUCUAGUAAUAGUAUAGUAGAAAAUGUAACAAGUUUUAUAUCUGGAAGGAAAAGAAAACAUUCAGAUACUGAAGACGAUGAGAUUAAUAAGGUAAUCGAUAUUGCCUUACACACUCCAAAAAGGAAAAAACUUGUGAGUACCGCACAAUAUAUUUACCAAGCAUUAUUUGAAGAAGGUAAAAAUUCAGAUGUGACAGUUUGUGCCUUGGGUGAGGAAUUUUAUUUACAUAAGAUAUAUUUGUGCCAGAGUCCAUAUUUUGCAAGUAUGUUUGGAGGGUCAUGGCUUGAAGCAACUAAAAAGUACAUACACAUUGAUGUCGUGGACCCUCUUAUUACGAUAGAGUCCCUGAAAGUGGUAUUCGGAUCCCUGUACAACUGUGAAAUUACCCUUAAUCCAUUGCAGAUCGUAUCGACGUUAGCGACAGCUACAAUGUUUCAACUUGACGCAUUGAUUGAAAAAUGUACAGAAGUGAUGUUAGAAACAAUAAAUCCAAAGACGUCUUUAGAGUACUACAAUGCAGCGUGCCAGUAUGGUGAAAAGAAGUUGCAAGAAGUUUGUUUUAGAUGGUUUCUAGUUAAUUUAAUGACGUAUUACUUUAGUCACCCUGUAGUUAAUUUAAAAAGCAUUCCCAUACCUUUGAUGGCUAAGUUAGUAGCUCAUCCUGACUUAUUUGUAAUGCAGACUGAAUAUUCUAUCUAUGUACUAUUAAAAUAUUGGGUGUUUAUACUCACCCAUCCUGAAAUUGGUGAGGAAGCACCAAAUAGCAAAGAAGUCAACAACUUCUUUUGUUCUAGAAAAAAUGAAAUGCCGUAUCUUUUAACGGACGAAGGACGAAAAUUUGUGCCGGUUUUCCAAGGUCUACGGAUACCAAAUUUAAUAUCGCAUCAAAUGGAUGUAGAAUUAGUCCUUCACGAUAAUAUUAUUCCGCAUAGUUGGCUUAAUCCCGUAGUUCUCCAACAGUGGAAACAAGUUUUACGAGUAAACCAAAAUGAUGACAAAGGACCCAAUGAAGUUCCAGAUGAUGUGUUUCUUGAUACAAGUCUUCGUUGUGGUAGGAUUUUGCUAGUUAACGAACGACACGUAUGGAGGUGGACUGGAUUCCAUUUUGGAAUGGAUUUAUUGAUGAUGACUGAUGGAUUUACACUCUCUGUUAAAAGGAAUCAUAGGUCCGAAUUUGAACAGUUGUUAAGUUUUCAAACCACAAGGCAUAUAGCUAUAAGAGUCACUGUUGUCAAGCUGAAUGAGCAGAGGCAGAUUGUGUAUUCAAAACAGUCAGAAAUAUUGAAAUUGGGUCUUGCUAAAGGUGAAGAGAUACAGAUAAUGUCCCUUGAUAAAGAUUUAGAAUAUCCAAUUAUCAUAUCAGCCAAUAUACUGUAUACUUCUCCAGAUUCGCAAGAAGUAAACCAAGAAGAAUUUGUUCAGACUGUUUCCUAAUAUUUCGUGCAUGUUGAAGACGUUUUUGUUUAACAUGAUUGGCUGUAUAAUAGUGACCAUAUUGUAAAAAACUACAUAUACCAUAAGGGCUAGAAUCGCAAAAGGGAAUUAAUGUUGAAAAGUUAGGCAUUCUAAGUUCUUUGCAUUUAUUUAAACUAAUGAUAUUGUUAUGUACAGUAUUUUUGAUAGGUAGAGUUUUUUGUUAUUUCUGGGAUUUGUAACUAAUCUAUUCUAAUAACGUAUGUAUAUUUUUGUGAUCAUGUUGAUUUAUUUUUCUUUUUUUAUGAGUAAGGGAACUACUCCACAUAAAAUUAAAUUUAAUAAUUUGGUUACUGUAUGUUAUAAUCGCCUAUUUGUAAGCACUACUAAUGUCCUAAAUCAAAUAAUACUGAAUAACAAAAUGAAAGAACUAAAAAUAUUUAAUAUUAGAUAUAUGUUUUAAGUAUUCAUUGUCAUCAUACAUUCAUAGUUUAUCUGUUGUUUGACCAAAACUUGCUGUGCAAAGGCUAACUAUGCUAAUUUAUUUAGAACUUUUUUUGGGAAGAGUAUUAUUUUGUGUUCAUGUAGACAUGUGGGUAUUUGAUACUACUUGUGAGUUACCAUGUAAUUAAUUUAGUUCUAUAAACUUAGAACCCAACAAAAUAUUUUUUAUAUGUGGAAGUGCUCUUAUUAACAACUAGUCAAUACGCUUGUCAUCUGAAUAAAAGAUAAAUUCAUCAGUA